AUAUAUUUACAGACUUGCAUACUAAAAGUCGAUCUAAAGUGUUGCACCGGUUGCCAAAAAAAAGCAAGCAUGAAAUUGCGGAGAAUCUCUGGUAAAAGAAUUCAAAACUUUUAAUUGCGUGACUCAUAAGUCUUUAAACAUGAGAUUUCUAAUACUUUGUUUCCAAUGGAAAUAGGUGUCGACGAAGUGGAGUAUAACAGCGAAAAACGGCUCAUGACAGUCACAGGUGACGUAGAACCGAUGGCUCUGGUUCGUAAACUUACUAAAUAUCGCAUAAAAACAGAGCUUUUCUCAGUCAAGUACCAGCUUGAUGAUGAUGAUCUAAACAGUGAUGAUGAAGACGGCACUUCUUCUGACUCUACUAGUUCAUAUUAUGAUCCUAAACCCAUGGAACGUGAAUUCCAAGAGAAGAUGAUGCAGCAGAAGAAGAAGACUGGGCUACUAACCUCUUUUUUAGGAGGGUGUUGCAGCAGUAAAUCAAACGUUGUUCAGCCUUUACCGAUGCGAAACCGAAACUGGCAUGUCCCAUCAAAGUUUGAGAAUGGUCCUCCUGUUUUUGGCCUUCCUUUUGGCAAUUCUACUACAUCAUCGCAGUUGCGGCCUCCGCAUCCAAUGAUGCCCUAUCCACCAACGAUGCAACCAAUGAUGCAGCAACAACCACCACCUAUGAUGAUGCAGCAACAACCACCACCUAUGAUGCAGCAACAAGCACAAGUUCCAAUGACGGGAGUUUCAAUGCCACCUAAUGUUAACAUGUUCCAGCCAGCACCCCAGCCUUAUUUUAUGUCAAAGCUCAAGAUGAACCCUAAGUUGCAUUACACGGAGGAGAAGAAGAAGUGACUCGAACCGCUUUGAUUUUAUUUCCCACCUAAGCUACUUGUUUUGUUGAUGAUGUCUCUGAUACAUAUACUAAGCAAAAGAAUUGUUUUUAAGUGUUGUCUCUUUUGCCAAUUGCCGGUAAUGAACAUUUUCUCAAGUCUGGCAAACUUUUAAAACAAAAGAAGAAGAGUAAAUUUCUAAGUCCUUCAAGUGUGAU